AUGGCGUCCUCCUCUGUCCCGCCGGCUACCGUAUCGGCGGCGACAGCGGCCCCGGGCCCGGGUUUCGGCUUCGCCUCCAAAACCAAGAAGAAGCAUUUCGUGCAGCAGAAGGUGAAGGUGUUCCGGGCGGCCGACCCGCUGGUGGGCGUGUUCCUGUGGGGCGUAGCCCACUCGAUCAAUGAGCUCAGCCAGGUGCCUCCCCCAGUGAUGCUGCUGCCAGAUGACUUUAAGGCUAGCUCCAAGAUCAAGGUCAACAAUCACCUUUUCCACAGGGAAAAUCUGCCUAGUCAUUUCAAGUUCAAGGAGUAUUGCCCCCAGGUCUUCAGGAACCUCCGUGAUCGAUUUGGCAUUGAUGACCAAGAUUACUUGGUAUCCCUUACCCGAAGUCCCCCAAGUGAAAGUGAAGGCAGUGAUGGUCGCUUCCUUAUCUCCUAUGAUCGAACUCUGGUCAUCAAAGAAGUAUCCAGUGAGGACAUUGCUGACAUGCAUAGCAACCUCUCCAACUACCACCAGUACAUCGUGAAGUGCCACGGCAACACACUGCUGCCCCAGUUCCUGGGGAUGUACCGAGUCAGCGUGGACAGCGAAGACAGCUACAUGCUUGUGAUGCGCAACAUGUUUAGCCACCGUCUUCCCGUGCACAGGAAGUAUGACCUCAAGGGCUCCCUAGUGUCCCGAGAAGCCAGCGAUAAGGAAAAGGUUAAAGAAUUGCCCACCCUUAAGGAUAUGGAUUUUCUCAACAAGAACCAGAAAGUUUAUAUUGGUGAAGAGGAGAAGAAAGUAUUUCUAGAGAAGCUAAAGAGAGACGUGGAGUUCCUAGUGCAGCUGAAGAUCAUGGACUACAGCCUUCUGCUGGGCAUCCAUGACAUCAUUCGGGGCUCGGACCCAGAGGAGGAGGGACCUGUGCGGGAGGAGGAGUCAGAGGGGGAUGGGGACUGUAGCCUGACGGGACCACCUGCGCUCGUGGGCUCCUAUGGCACCUCCCCUGAGGGUAUUGGCGGCUACAUCCAUUCUCAUCGGCCCCUGGGCCCUGGAGAGUUUGAGUCCUUCAUUGAUGUCUACGCCAUCCGGAGUGCUGAGGGGGCCCCCCAGAAGGAGGUGUAUUUUAUGGGCCUCAUUGACAUCCUGACACAAUAUGAUGCCAAGAAGAAAGCAGCUCAUGCGGCCAAAACCGUCAAACAUGGGGCUGGGGCAGAGAUCUCCACUGUGCAUCCUGAGCAGUAUGCUAAGAGAUUCCUGGAUUUUAUUACCAACAUCUUUGCCUAA